AUGACAAACAUAUCUCAAAAUAAUGAAUUAAAGGACUGGAUUAAAAAAAAAUUUAUUACAUAUAUAAAAUGGAAUGAUCUGGUUGGUAAUUCGCCAGUUGGUGCAGGUCAUUUUGGAGUUGUAUAUAAAACGCAUUGGAAUAGCAUGAACAAAGACGUUGUUCGUAAGACUCCAUUCCUAGAAAAUAAUGAUGCUAUUCAACAUGAAAUACAAAUAUUAGCUAAAGUACAAGCUUCUGACAAUAUUAUUCGUUUUUUAGGAAUUACACAAGAACCAAAAAGUAACAUUUAUAGUAUUGUUAUGGAAUAUGCUGAUGAGGGUGACUUGCGAACCUAUCUAAAAAUCAAUUUUCAAAAUCUUGAGUGGGAUAAAAAGUUACAGCUAGCCUUUAAUAUUGCAAAUGGAUUAAAUUGCCUACAUUGGUAUCACAUAUUGCAUAGGGAUCUUCAUUCAAAAAACGUAGUUAUACAUAAAGGAAUUGCAAAGAUAACUGAUUUUGGAAACUCUAAAAGUAUGGAUUCCCAAACAAGUGUGCAUAAUAAUGUUUUUGGAAUACUUCCAUAUUUGGCGCCAGAGUUAUUGGAACCUGAUCUUCAACGUCUACCAUAUUCAGUUAAGACUGAUAUCUAUAGUCUUGGAGUUUUAUUUUGGGAGAUAUCAAGUGGAAAUCCACCACUUAUGAAUUUUACAAUUGGUCCGACUUUAGCUAUUGCUAUUAUGAAUGGAAAGAGAGAAGAAGUAAUUCCGAAUACACCAUAUGAUUAUCAUGAACUUUAUACUUUCUGUUGGGAUCAGAAUCAAGAUAAAAGACCUAUGAUUCAACAUGUAUAUUCAGUGUUAGAAAAUAUGUUAGAAAAGUUACAUAAGAGUGUUGAAAAAGAUAGCGAAGACAUUAAAGUUAUCAAUACUAUACAUCUCACAAAAGAAGCUUCCGAAAAUCAAAAUUGUAGUGAUACCACUUUGGUUAACUUAGAAGUUCUUUAA